AGCGUCAGGAUGCCUAAGCGAGAAGCUAAGCUCCGUGCCCUGGCUGAACUCGUGAAAACAAUCAACGAUCUUUCGAAACCGAAUGAAUCUCAAUAUGUCAUUCGCACGCACACUAUGCGGUCCAAGGUGCGACCCAUCGUACGCCCGUCGGUAGACCAAACAGAGUCGUUCUAUGAUGUGGAAGUACUCGUACGUGUGCCACCGCACGACGUCGUCCACACGCGCACGCCGCAGCAUCUUCUCCUGCCAUGCAACACGGCAGUGCACACACACAAACACACUCUCAUCACCGCACCACCAUGCACCACCGAGAUAAACCCUAAAACCCCAGCCACCGAUGGGGAUGAGGCGAGCAACUCCUGGAUAAGCGAUGGCGAGUGUGCGCUCACUCGACAGUCAAUAGACCACCGAAACCCCACGCAGUCACUGGGCACUACACCUGCAUGGCCAUCCGCAGACUCAGCACCAGCGCAAGAGGCGGCAGGCCCACUGGGUGCAGCAAACAGCGCCCCAACCGAUCCUACUGAUGCGAAGCAUAUUCGUGUGCCAGCAGCGCAACAUAGGACGACUGUUGGUGCGAGAAACAAGUGCACACCUGCCCUACAACGGACACAGGAUACACGGGCACAUGCACAUACACGGGGAUGUGCUAAGGCGACUGAAUCAGACUAUGUGCACCACAGUGCUGAAGGAUUAGGAGCCGAAUACGGGGCCAAUGGGGCAGCCGUAUCGGAGGAGAGCGCUGAUGGGUUCACCACUGACGAAGGCAGGUGCAUCGAUGCCCAGAGCAGCACGCACGGUGGGGUCGACCCGUCAAAUGUUCCGAAUGGGCGCAGCAAUGAUCAAGGCGAGCAUAGAUAUCUAUUGAGUUUUGGCCAGGAAUAUAGUGUUCAAGGUGGUUGGAAUGGUUCCGAUUUGUUCCCACUCAAUCAAGUGCCAUGGGAAGAUUCUAUAGUGUUGGGUCUCAGUGAUUCGGACAAUGAGCAGGACAUCCCCACUCAGGUCGUAAGCUCAUUUGGGUGGGAUACCAUACGCCAGCCCAGCGACGACGACGAGGCAGCUACACCUGAUAGCAAUGCGCUGAGGGAUGAUUUUGAAGGGCUGCCUGUGUUCCACGCAAAUGGCACGAACUCACUCACCCCAUGUCCCACUCGUCCUACCACGCACGCACACACGCACACACACACGCAGACACACACACACACACACACACACACACACAGCUGCGAGUCUACGGCGGUGGAUUCUGCGGUAGACACAAACCAUGAGCACGCAGCCGUUCAUGUGCUGUCACCCAUUCGGCAGAGUCUGUGGUAUGACCUGUGGGAAGACGAUGUGAUAUGGGAGGACUACGGCUGCACCAACGGCCCUACUGCCGCGGAGAAGGACUUCCCUGUCGUAUUGGAUAUGAACGAUCGAUUUCUGAUAUUCGACGACGUCAUCGAAGGUUCGGAAGGGGACAGCUGUGGAGGGAUGAGAAGGCAAGCGCAGCUGGAGUUGAAUUCAGAUGGGAGCGGCAAAGCCGGUCAUGAUAUGUACAACCUAUCGAACGACAAGUGCUUCGUCAGACCUCCUGAUAUUGUGCAUCGAAAGGAACAUGCUCAGUGCGCUCGUGUGCUGCAGCCGCCUUUCUAUAGGAUUGGCUGGACGCCUCUGGAGCUCAGGAAUUGGCAUCGGUCGCCAUUGUCAUCCCUCUGCUUCAGUCAGCGAGAAAAAGAUAUCACAGUGGAAGGCUUACACCUUAAAACGGCAAAGGACGACCAACCUGAAAUGGGAAAUAUCAGAGAGUUGCGGAGUAUCAAUACAGUAGAGGAUUUAUCAAGCAUGGAUGGAGACCUAAUCCUAAUCGAGUAUUCUGAAGAAGAACCGCCGAUACUCUCCAAAGUGGGGAUGACCAGCCAGAUUGUGAACUACCAUAAGAUGCGAAGAGAGGGCAGUACGACCACAGAGGAGACUGCGAUGUACAACCAUGGCACAGACGUCACACUGAAGGAAGACGAUCACUUAAUUUGGUUGCUCGGGGAAUUACACCCCGGCCAAUCCAUGCAGAUACUACAGAGUCGGCUGUCCAGGGUGCCCCUCUUUGCCCAUGCGCAGAGGCACUCAGAGUACUCGGACUUCCUGGUGGUGCGGUGCAAAGAUAAGUUCUGGCUGCGAGAGCUGCCGCCUGUGUACUGUGCAGGCCAGGUGUUGCCCAGACAGGAGGUGCCAUUUCCCAGAGACAGAGAGGCCGAUAAGCUAGUCACCGAACUGCUCAGGGUGUGGCUGUCCCGUGUGUUUGGUAGCGCAUCAGGAGAGGUGACGAGUCAAAGGAAAGUCGCGCUUGCCGAAGUCAAAGAGUCGUUUCCCCAAGCGACUAAGCAUAAAAUAGGAAAGAUUCUGCAUGAGUAUGCUGAGGCCAGAGGACGCUUUUGGGUCGCCAAACCAAAUGUCACAGUUGAAUCGGAAGUGCAGCUAGCCAACCAUGUUCGACCCGAAGACGUCUGUCGCUUUGAGCGUAUGUGCGCGUUCGAUCAAAAGCUGAAGGAUUUGGGGUAUCGGUUUAUUAACAAUCACUUUCAUCCUGAUGAGAGCGAUCCGGUUGACCGUGAGGUGGAGCUAGCCCCAUGGUUUACAACCAGGAACUACGUCGAUGCAAUUUACAACAGGUGCCAGUUGGCCGUGUGUGGCUUUGGUGAUCCCACUGGCUGUGGCCAGGGCUAUUCGUUUCUGCGACGCGCCAUCAGACCCAUCGGCAAGUGCAAGGGACGGCGACGAUGCAAACUCAGCACACACCACAAGGCAGACCUAAGGAAAGAGACAAAUGGAGAAGUCGAGCGACUGCUGAGAGAUCGCGGUGUCACAGACGAGCAAUGCCCGCGAACAUUCCGAGAAAAACGCAAAAUGUUGCGCAUGUUAGCAAACCAAGACGCCACAGUGGAUGGAGAUGAUUCCGUUAACGCAACGGAUUCGAACUCCUGUCACGCUCAGCCUCAAAAGCAGUCGCGCGUUGCCUAUCGUCAGGCGUACAUCAAUCGCUGCCAAAGCGCUUACGACAGUCAGCGAGUGGCCCUGUCGGCCAGCACAGACCCACCAACACCAACACCAACACCUGAGAGAUCCGAUGACGACGAAGAAAGCCUGGACGAUCUCGCGCAGAGCAUCGAAGACAUGCUGCAAGAAGAAUCAACAACACCUGAGACAGGCAACAACACACGUGCACAACUGCGAAUCAAGCGUGUGUAUGUUGAUGCGCUUGGCCAGGAGUCUGUGUACACUGAGCAUGUGGACGAUCCAUUGAUCAUCGACAGAUACAUUGCAGAUCAGACCCACACAAAAGCAGCCAGCCAUCAGCUAACAACGGCAGCGCAGAGGGUGAGGUCUGGUGGACCGUCGCGUGUGAGAGUGUGCAGUGCGUGCAAACGAACGGAGCACGUGGCCAAAAACUGGCGCAAGUGUCCCCUAUGGGAUAGUGAUGAUGAUGGACUGUCUCUAUCGAGCACAACCAGCACCAGCGACAACGACCAAACACAAACACCUGACGACUCAUCAACCAUGACUACGCAAACGAUUCAUACGGAGGGGAUGCGCAUUGUCAUUUCUCUGAAUCCGCCGCAUUGCGCAUUUGCGAGCAGUAGCGACUGUUCCGAACGAUCGAAGAAACGCAAAAUUUAUAUGCGUUCCAAAACGUUGCCAGACACGUCUGUCUUGAGGACACUGAAUUUCACCAACGCGGGAAAACCGCACUACCACUCCCUACUGCGCCAUGGAGCGCUCAAGAAUGCGAGUCUGUACGAAGCCAUGGGCAACAGUGUCACAGAGAUAUAUGCCCAAACACUCAGCUCAACCACAACCACUGUAGCAGACGUUUUACCUACUGCAGCAGAGAUGCGUGAGCCCAACAGGCGUAGACGGAAGAUGUCGAAGAAAAGGACUGUGUCCGCGAACGUCAAUUGCAGUGUCGGGUCUAAAUUGAGAGUGUCGGCUCCGCAAGAGUGCACAACCAGACCACACUAUCGCCCACAGCUACGACGUUGGUCUCUUCUACUCGAAAACGCUCGUCAUGGCCCGUUGCAGUAUCAGGCACAUAUGGCUGGCACAAAAAUAUGGUUUACAAAGGCUACUGCAGCGGCUGGAGAACAAAACAGGACCUUUGUGUCCAAUUCUCCUCAAAAAAGGGCUUUUUCGUCCAAUUCUACUCAAAUAAGGGCCUUUUCGUCCAAUUCCACCAGAAGAAUCGGACUCACGAGGUCGGAUACCCACACAUCGCACGUCCAUAAACAUAAUCGGAAACGCAAACACGAGCACCACCACCCACACACAACAACACACAAAGCUGACAAUCAGACCUUAAGGAAAAAGAAAAAACAUAGCAACGACGAUCAGAGCCCAGUCAACGAUCGACGAUUCAAAAAGCACUGGAAAUGGGAUCACCGCAACCAAACGACUGAAGGCAGACAGCACAUGCAACCAAUGCGCAGCACACCACGCAUGCACAGCACGAGCAGCCUAGCAACGCAUCACAGCACGAGUAACCUAGCAACGAACCACCAGGCAACUGAAGCCGUUGUGUGCAUUGAUGUCGAUGCCAUUGGCGAUGAAUGGGUGCACAAUACCCCACAGCACGGCCGCACGGCCUCCGCUGCAAAGGUUAUAGAUGUUGAUGCGUACGAUGUCACCAGCAAUGUUCGGGCCCCUCAGAUACCAAAAGACGAGCACGUGGCUCAUGAGACUGAGUAUAUCGAUGUGGAUGCGUGGGAUGAUGAAUAAGUGGGGAGGGAUUCGCAUGACCAGCCAUCUGGAUGCAGACAACGGUCGAAAAGUUGUCUUAGGGUUUAGGGUUUUGUUUUUAAGUAUUCUAACGAUACAUAUUACCAUUAGCCUCAACCGGCGCACCAUGGGCACAGAGCAAGCGCACGAGCACUGCAGAAUAAAGUGAUAUCUGUCAGUGUGAUAAUCAACUUAUGCGACUGUGUAAAUGUGCAAUACAUAUGACUUCAGCCCAGACGAGCACAGCAGAAUAAAGUGUUACCCUGUCAACUA